AUGACUAAGGCUUGGGAACGCGAGAAGUCACGGAUGCAUGACCUAUAUAUGGUACGGGGGAUGAAGUUGUCCCAAAUGCAACUAGUCAUGCGCGAACAGCAUAAUUUUCUUGCUAGCGAACGAGCAUACAAACAGAAAUUCAAGGAGUGGAAGUGGUUCAAAAAGACACCGCGUAACUCGGGUAUAAGUUUAGAAAGCAUGGGAGUUCCUGUUGAACCACCACUUGCCACUACAAGGCAAUACAGGGUACAACAUACCCAUCACAUCCCUCGACACUCAAGCUCGAGUCCUGUGGAUAGCCUAGGGAAUCACCCUGGUCAAAUGUCUACAACGAAUGCAUAUGGAGGAUUGGGUGUUAACUCGGACCAUGCUGGGUAUUCAGACUCUCAGCACACGGUACUAGGGCUAGGAAAUAUGCACGGUUCAGUGCAACCUAUUGUUCGAUCAUCAGAAAACUACGUUUCAAUAUCCUUACCACCAGUCUCAGAUCUAAUUCCUAUCGAGGAAGGUCUCAAGGAAAGCGUACGAUCAGCCGCCCUGCUGCUAGACUCAGGGAAGCUUGACGAUGCAGAGACAUUCCUCGAACAUGCUAUAAAGACCUUACAAUGGCUGCGAAACUGCCGGUGA